AUGUCCUGGCUCACGAGCAAAUUUCGCGCACUUGGUGAUCGGCAGUCAUGGGCGCUCCACCCGGAGCCAUCAUUUCUCGCUCCCAACAGCAAGCUCAGCAACCGGGACAUGGACCCCACCCCGCCCGAGAAGCGGACAUGGAAGAUGGUCAACUUCACCACAUACUGGAUAUCAGACACGUUCAAUGUCGCUAGCUGGGAUCAAGCGUCUGCCUUGCUUACUCUGGGCAUGUCAGCGGGACAGGCACUCGCAUGUAUUUUCGUUGGAAACCUUAUCAUCUCCUGGGCUAUCACCGCGACCGGCACCAUCGGAGCAAGGCACCACGUCCCUUUCCCAGUCCUGAAUCGCUCGUCUUUCGGCUUCUACCUGUCGUAUUUCUCAAUUAUUGGUCGUUGCAUUUUGGCGUGCUUUUGGCAGGGUAUCCAAACAGCUACGAGUGGCGAAUGCGUCUACCAGAUGAUCAGAGCGAUCUGGCCGAGCUUUGAAGACUUUCCCAACCAUCUCCCUUCGUCAGCCAACAUUACCUCUGCGAAUCUCCUAGCCUACUUCAUCUACUGGGCUUUCCAGUUCCCCUGGGUCCUCAUCCCGACACACAAGCUCCGCUGGCUCUUUGCUCUCAAGUCCGUCUUGGUCAUCAUCUGCGGCUUCUCGAUGAUGAUAUGGGCUUUCAUCCGUGCGGGAGGGGCUGGGCCAAUAUUUUUACAACCGGCGACGCUAUCUGGUUCAAAGCUUGCUUGGGCCUGGCUGGCGGGAUUGCAGAGCGUGCUUGGGACUUACUCCACGCUGUCGGUGAAUAUCCCCGAUUUUACCCGCAUGGCUAGGGCGCCACGAGACCAAUAUGUGCAGCUCAUUGUGACGCCCAUCUCUUUCACUAUUAUCGCUUUGCAAGGGAUUGUCGUUACCUCCACUGGCUACAUCCUCUACGGCGACUACUAUUGGGAUCCUCUACGCUUGAUGAACAACUGGGACAAUCGUGCCGCCACUUUUUUCGCGGCAUUCGCAUUCGCUGUUGCGACGUUGGGGACCAACAUUGGAGCAAAUUCGAUCUCGGCUGCUAAUGACUUCACGGCGCUGCUUCCAAGAUGGUUUAACAUCAGACGAGGACAGGUGCUGUGCGCCAUCAUCGGAGCGUGGGUCAUCAUCCCAUGGGAAAUCCUGGCAAAUUUCAUGAGUGGAUACACGGUCUUCCUUGGCCCAAUAUGUGCCAUCAUGGUUGUCGAUUACUGGUUCAUCCGAGGCCAAAAGCUAGACGUUCCUGCUCUGUACGAUCCCAAUGGAAAAUAUCGCUCUACGGCUGGCGUAAAUUGGCGUGCCGUUGCCGCGCUCGUUGUAUCCAUCCCACCUAAUCUUCCAGGCUUGAUCAAUGCCAUCAAUCCGUCCAUCCCUGUCUGGGGUGGUGUGUACCCUCGCGCACUUAUCUCGUAUCUUCAGUUCUUCCUAGCAGCUGUCACGUACUUCAUUGUCUGCAAGAUCUUCCCGCCUUUACAGACUUUCGUUCCAGAGACAAUAACCGGUGAGGAAGAGUACCCCUCAACGCCUUCCGAUGAGAGAGACGAGAAGUAA